AAACCAUUAAACUUCCGUUGCUCACAAAGCCGCAUGAUUUUGCAAAAUAGUUUAGAUAAAAGAGUUAAUUCUACAAAUCUAGAAAAAUAUAUAAAUUCAUUACAACUUUUUUUUUUUUUACUUAAAUCUAGAUCUAUAAAUUCUAGAUAUACUCAAAGAUGCCAGUAUUUAAGGUCCAUGUUAAGUGGGGUAAAGAGAAAUUUUCAGACGUUGAAUGCAACACAGAUGAGUCACCAGAACUCUUCAAAGCUCAACUGUUUGCUCUAUCAGGCGUGCACCCAACUCGUCAGAAAGUGAUGAUCACUGGAGCUAUACUUAAAGAUGAUGAAUGGGGUCCAGUAAGAAGUAAGAUAAAAGAUGGAGUGACACUGCUAAUGAUGGGGACAGCAGAAGAAUUGCCCCAAGCACCAGCAGACAAACCAGUCUUUGUUGAAGAUAUGAAUGAACAGCAGUUGGCUUCUGCUAUGGAUGUACCAUCAGGACUGACAAACCUUGGCAAUACUUGCUACAUGAAUGCCACAGUACAAUGUUUAAGGGCAGUACCAGAACUGAAGGAUGCCUUAAAGCGAUUUACUGGAAGUUUAACAGUGACUGGUGCAAUAUCUCCUGCAGACUCUAUUACAGCAGCACUGCGUGAUCUGUACGUCUCAAUGGACAGAACAUCAGCUCCCAUACCUCCAAUUAUAUUCUUACAAAUCUUACACAUGGCUUAUCCCAGGUUUGCAGAGAAGGGGGAGAAUGGAGGCUAUCAGCAGCAGGAUGCCAAUGAAUGCUGGACAGAAAUUAUUAGAAGUCUGCAACAAAAGCUUAAACCUGUGACAGAACCAUCACCAUCUGCAUCUUUCUCUGAGGCAUCUGCUGGAAUUGGAUUUAUUGAUCAGUAUUUUGGAGGAGAGUUUGAGACUAGUAUGAAAUGCAAUGAGGCACCAGAAGAAGGUGAAGUGCGUGGAAUAGAAAAGUUUUUACAACUCAGCUGUUUUAUAGAAAAAGAGGUGAAGUACAUGCACACAGGACUACAAAGUAGGCUAGAAGAAACAUUAACCAAAAACUCCCCAACACUUGGACGAGAUGCAGUAUAUACUAAAUCUAGUAAAAUUAGCAGAUUACCAGGUUACUUAACUAUUCAGUUUGUCAGAUUUUUUUACAAAGAGAAACAGUCAACUAAUGCAAAAAUCCUGAAGGACAUAAAGUUUCCACUAUCAUUAGAUGUUUUUGACCUUUGCACUCCAAGUCUGCAGCAGAAGUUGAUACCCAUUAGGGAACGUUUCAAGGCAUUAGAAGAUAAAAAAGUUCAAGAGGCCCAGUCUGGCAAAGGAAAAACUUUAACAUCCAAAGAUGUCCAGAAAGUUAUCAAGACAGAACCUUACUGGUUUCCUGAUGAUGUUGGCUCCAAUAACAGUGGAUACUAUGAGCUCAGUGCUGUUCUUACCCACAAAGGAAGGUCCAGUUCUAGUGGACAUUAUGUGGCCUGGGUCCGCAGAAGAGGGGAUGAAUGGUUGAUGUUUGAUGAUGACAGAGUUUCACCUGUUAUGUCUGAAGACAUAUUGAAGCUAUCAGGCGGAGGGGACUGGCACUGCGCCUAUGUUCUACUCUACAGCCCAAGAUUAAUGGAAGUUGAGGAAAACUCACAGAGCUAACGAUGCUUUUGUACAAACUUAGUACUUGUUUUUUUAAUUCACCUGGAUAGUGUUGUUGUUUUUUUAAACAAUCCCCAAGCUCUUUAUUGAGUGUUUUGCAAGCUUAGCUCCAUGGCAAACUUUGUUCUAAUUAAGAUUAUGGCUACUGAAUCAUUUACUUUGUCAUUUUUUUUAUUUUAACUAAACAAAAGUUAAUAUUCAGGUGAAUUAUUGUCUAUAUUUUUAUGUCACUGUAUAUAUUGACUUCAUUGGAGCCACAGUUUUCAGUUUCAAUGACAUAUAUUUGUAUGGUACUUUUUGCUCCUGCAUAAUUAUCAUAUUUGUUUAAUUUAACAGAAAUAACUAAUUUCCAUUACAAAAUAAAAAGCAGAAAAGGAAAUUCUACUCUUCAUCUAAACAAAAUGAAAUAAUAAAGUCAGGAAUUUCAUAUUUGAUUUUGGUGUAAUGUCAGAUAGUCAGUUGUAGAUCACAUUCUGUGUUGUGUGUGUGUAUGUUUUUGUGGUAACAUUUAAAUGGUAUUUCCAAACUUGUCAGUCAGAUAGUCUGGUGGAUUUUAAAGGUUUACUGUAUUUCAGAAUUAAAAACACAAAAUAUUUUAUAUUAAUUCAUUCAACUUUAGGUACCAGUUCAGUGUUUAAUUGCAUGCUUAUCAUAUGUAACAAAAUAUUAUAAGAUAAAUCAGCAACUUUUUUGAAACAAAUAUGUGUGAAUACCAGUACACAACUCAAGCAUGGAGUAUGUUAGUACAGGUUGCGUGCAUGACUGCAGAAAGGAUUCUACAGCACACCUUAGUGUAUUUGUGGCCAUAUAUGCUGGUUGCUUUUACUUAAUGUAUCAGGUAUUAGUAAAUUUAUUUCUGUCAAGUGCAGAAAUAAUGCAUUUCUUUCAUA